AUGAAACAUAUUCAUGGUGGAGAUCAUCAGGAACACGGCGCCGACAGCGAAAACACACAGCACGAUGGAGAACCUCAACGAGGACGCGGUCGGAGUAAGCUCUCACCGACGCUCCAGAUCCCCAAGAACCGCAGUACCGGAAAUCUCGCCGUGGUGUCCGAGGCGGCAACACCCGAGCAUUCAAGGUCGAGAGUCAGGUUCUCGUUCGAUGCUGGAUCAGGUGUGGACUUUGACUCAAUCACGAGAUCUUCCUUCAUAACUGACCACGACCAUGGGCUUGGCUUGUCCGGCCUACGACGUAUUCGCCAAAAUAACCCCAUGCGCGUUCCGACCCUUCCGUCAUCUGCCACAUCGUCCCGCAGUCCUUCAACCAGUAUCGCGCGGUCGGCUUCUCUGGUGACCAUGAUUUCGCCUGGUAAUCAUAUGUCCAUGUCAGCUGGUCCCAGCUCUCCGAGUUUCACCGAAGAUUUGACACGGUUUCCAUCCGAAUCGCUCCAUUCGUUCUCGUUUGCCCACCAGUCUGAGGACUUUAUACAGAACCGUCAGAGUGUUUUGAAACGAUCGAUAGAGUUUAUGAAAGACCGCAUGGGCUGGGCUGUAUCGCACAAUGCUGCGAUAGCGAGUGCCCAAGCAAGAGUUACUGGCGAUGUGGAAACACAGACCAUGCUGGACUUGUUGGCAAGAGCGCAACUUGUUGGUGCAGGAAAUCUGCCACAUUUAGAUACAGAUGUAAAGUUUGUACACGGCCCACUUACCGGGCCUGCUGAUGUCUCCGGGCAGAAUGUGAAUGUCUUUGAGAAAGACUUCUUCCCAAGGACGAGCAGCCCAGAACCUUUUUCAACACCCUUGACGCCAAUGAUCUCUCCAACAGAUACCCAAACUGUCCCCAUGGAGAGUCUAUCCGCUGUCACUACUAGGGAAAGUAACGUAUCGCCGAAAGCACAUCCUCUCGAGGUUGUCAACGACCAAUCAGAAUCAGAGAAUUCGUCCAGGACACCAACCAACGAGAGCGGAACAACAGCGCAAACCUCACCACCGGUCUCAAGAAAACCCACUUUGAAGAGGGCAUACACGGAUGUGGCACCCAUGUCAAUGCAGCAAAAGCUUCUGGAUACCUUGUCACAGCCUUUUGUAGCUGGGCAGCAGUCCAAUUACCCGGACUCAUUGGUCUCGCCAGCGUUGCCAGCUCAACGCGGCCCAUCGUCCUUUAGCAUCCCCGGCGCAACAGGUGCAACAGUUCAUUCGCACGGAUCUCGCUGGACACCAGCUGCGCAAGCUAUUUUCACUACGGAAUCAAAGCCUCCAUACACAAUUUUAGCGGCCAAUGAUUUGGCGUGUCUUGUAUUUGGUGUUACCAAGGCAGAAGUACGGAAGAUGGGCCUUCUGGAGGUGGUUCAAGAAGAGCGGCGAACAUGGCUUGAGAACAAGCUUCAAGGCAUUGAUAUUGACGACAUUGGACAUUCACCAGCUAAGCAGGAAGCUACUACGUCUGCAUCCGCAUCCAGUGGUUCUGCUCUACUGGGAGGCAGGGGCGGCAUAACGGCCCAUCUUCUAAGCAAACCAAAUUCCAGAUCACAGCCACCCAAGACACCCGCAAGGCCAGCACUACGAGCGCAGACUGUUCAUAGUGGAGAUGUGACGCCCUCUAAGCCUCGAGCAGACGCAAAUCACACGAGUACUAAAUCAAGGGGAGUUCUUCUUUGUGGGGACGUAGUGCCCAUACAGAAGCGUAACGGUGCUACUGGUGCCGCAAGCUUGUGGGUCAAGGAGAAGCGUGUAGGCCUCAUUUGGGUUCUCGAAGAGAUCCAUGAAGAUGUGGCAUUCCUCACGCUUGAUGAAGAGGGCAAGGUCACAAACGUCUCGGGCGAAACCCAUCCGAUUUGGGGCACGUCCACAAUCGAACCAGGCAUCGAUGUUGGGAAGCUCAUCACCCGCAUCCCUCGACAAGGCAUUGAUCCCCGAGAAGGGGCCAUAGACUACGCGCAGAUCGCAAAGCGCAGGUACUUUACCUGCCGCACCACUAGCAACGUCAAUAUUCCUGCUACUGUGUCUCAAACUAGAGGCCAAAUGGAAUUAAGAGUGUCCAGUUUUCCGCAUAUAGCUGGCAUUGUGGUCGUUGACACGGCGUCGUUGAAGAUCAAAAGCUCAAAUUCGGUGUUCUGCGGGGCAUUGUUUGGGCAGGAGAAAGCAGAUGGCCUACAUAUCAAUACCCUCAUUCCCAACUUUGACAAGAUUAUUGACACUUUAACCGAGCAAGAACAUGUGGACCUUCAUGAUGGUAUAGUGGUACCUGAGCACAAUUUCAGAAAAGCUGCAGCAUUCUAUGCGGUCCGUGCAGGCAAACCUGAUGCUGCAACAAAUUUUCUCAACCCCGAUGGCCUCCCAGCUAAGCACCGGGACGGCACUGAACUCAGGAUUGAUGUCCAAAUGCGCGUGGUCAAAAGCGAAAAAAGGUCCAAACAUGAUUCAGGAGGAAGCGACGAUGAGCUAACAUCCUCUGAAGAGGCGAUCAGUAGCUGGGAGCCUGAACUUGUUUUUGCACUGUGGAUCACGUAUUCGAGGCAUUUGCACGCACCCAGAGUAAAUUCGUUGGUGAUUAGGGACCCAGCUGUGUCUGGCGUUGAAACACCACUACAUCAACCCUCUCCAGGCCAGACACCUGCACAUACACCGCGGGAAGUUGGCUCUGACUCUGAAGAGCCCAGGAGAAUGUCUACAGCUUCGGCUCUAACAAAACAGUUGAAAAACAUGGCUCUCAGCGCCACUGCUAGGAUCACGGGGGCGGUGAAAUCUGAGGAGAAAGAGAAACCGGUUCAAUCUGUGCCCAAGGUUGUUGAGCCAGCACCGAAACGGAAGACCAUUGACGACUUUGUUAUAUUGGAGGAUAUGGGACAAGGCGCUUAUGGUCAGGUUAAGCUCGCUCGAUACAAGCAAAAUGGUGGCAAGAAAGUCGUUUUGAAGUAUGUGACGAAGAAGCGCAUCCUUGUCGACACUUGGACUCGAGAUCGGAAGCUUGGCACCAUUCCUCUUGAGAUCCACGUAUUGAAUUACUUGCAAAGGCCUGACCUAUUGCAUCCAAAUAUCGUUGUUAUGGAAGAUUUCUUCGAGGACGAGACAAAUUACUACAUUGAAAUGGCGCCGCAUGGAUUGCCUGGCAUGGAUCUCUUCGACUACAUUGAACUCCGAGCUAAUAUGGAGGAGGACGAAUGUCGAAGUAUCUUCGUGCAAGUAGCGACUGCCGUGCACCAUCUUCACACAAAGGCAAAGGUGGUUCAUCGGGACAUCAAAGACGAGAACAUUAUCUUGGACGGCGAGGGCAACAUCAAGCUCAUCGAUUUCGGUAGCGCAGCAUACAUCAAAAGCGGGCCAUUUGAUGUCUUUGUUGGCACUAUUGAUUAUGCAGCUCCCGAGGUCCUCGCUGGUAGGCCGUAUGGUGGUAAAGAACAAGACGUUUGGGCCCUGGGCAUUCUACUAUACACGAUCAUCUACAAAGAAAAUCCGUUCUACAGUAUUGACGAGAUUAUGGAUCGUGAUUUGCGGGUACCAUACACUAUUAGUGAUGAGAGUAUCGACCUCAUUCGAUGUAUGCUCGACCGCGACGUAUCACAGAGGUACGAUAUCGAACAGGUUAUAAAUCAUCCAUGGUGCCAGAUGGAAGCAGAAGAAGACAACAUAUAG